AAAAAAAAAAAUAAAAAAAAAUAAUAAAAAAAAAUAAAAUAAAUCAAUAGUCAGCCCCUUCCUUCAGCCUUCACCUUAUCGUGGUGGAAAAGUUUGUGUGUCCCAAUGAUCCUGGGAGCUAAGUUGUCUGGGGUUUUAUGUCUGUGGCAGGGUCACCCAUGGCAAACAGGUCCGAGGUGAGGGACCUGUUUGGGAUAUACAGCCAAUAUGCAUUUCCUGGGUUGCUGCCCCCACACCCACCCCACAAAAAUAUAUUUUUUUAAAAAGACAAAGAAAGAAAAAGGAAAAGAAGGAAGAUUUUCGGGUGAAAAUAAAACCGCGAAUAGGUGAAUCCCCGAACCGCGAAUAUGCGGGGUCUACUGUGUAUACUGAUCAUUCCAAGGUGUACGACAGAAGAAAGGGGAAGGCAGCGCCCCCUGCUGGAUAUCGGAGGGCUGGGUCUCUAUAAUGCAGUCCCUGAACGUGUUACAUUCAGAACAGUACUGUAUGGGAAAACAAAAAGCUGUACGGGAUAUAGCCAUCAAAUGAAAAUAAUGUUUUUAAUACUUAUUGACGGGUCAACAGGGCAACAACAUUCAUUGUCCUGCUUUGUAAGCUUUACCGUUUAAAUGAUCGUACAGUACAAGUACUGUCCAAGUAGGCUUGUGUUCGUCGAUCCGUGUGCAGCUUGCUCAUGGAAAACAACCUUUGCAUCCAGCCGUUUCCACGUCAUGAAACCGAGUUUGUGCUCCUCCUCAGACUUUCCAAAUAAAAGCCAUCCAGCUGUGUGCAGUGGUGCUCUCCGCGUCAUCCGUCUCAAACAAGAAGGAAGAGACGCAGAAAUGGCCAACUGUGUUUUGUUAUUAUCUGUUUCUUUCAAUCUGUGUUUGUUGUGGGCGGCUGUCGGAGUCGUGCCCAGCCGGGCAAUGGUCAUUGCGGACGGCCAGGAACGGGGCUUUGUCAACUUGAACGACAUGUUUCGUGAAGUGGAGGAGUUGAUGGAAGAUACCCAGCACAUAUUGGAGGAUGCAGUCGACCAGAUCACAGCGGAGAGUGCCAAGUUGCUGGAAAAUCAUCAUCACCACAGUGACAAGAUUGUGAAAGAUAGAGCGAUCACCAUUCACACCGACAAGAAAACGAAUAACACAGCAGGAGAGACAUCACAUAUACGUGUGGCGAGCUCAGGCGAGUGGAACAGUAUGUAUCAUGAAUGCAUGGUGGAUGAGGACUGCGGUGAACUGAAGUAUUGUUUUUAUGGGAUUGACAGCUCCAAAUGCCUGCCCUGCAUACCAACUGACAUGCCCUGCACAAAGAAUGAGGAGUGUUGCCCAAGCCAGAUGUGUGUUUGGGGCCAGUGUACAGUCAAUGCCACUGAGGGAACAGAGGGAACGAUCUGUCAGGGUCAGAAUGACUGCAAACUGGACCUCUGCUGUGCCUUCCAACGAGAGCUUUUAUUUCCUGUGUGCAACCCCAAACCGGGAAAGGGGGAGGCCUGCCUGAACCAACCUAACCUAUUAAUGGACAUGCUUGCCUGGGACCAGGAGGGUCCUCGCGACUACUGCCCCUGUACCAAUGACCUGCAGUGCCAAUCUCAUGGACGUGGAUCUGUUUGUGGACAGUAGCACCAGAAGUAGGAAUCCAGUAACUAAAAUAAAUAACCUCGCCUGAAGCUGUGGUGAAGUCGUGAUUGAUGAUUGACCAAAGAACAGCCCAUCUGCUGCGGCUUUCUGUUUUUCAAAAAUCCUAGUAUUGCAAGGAGUUGCACUGUUUCUUUAUAUAUGUAUUAUUUGUAAUAAAAGAUA